UCUCCUGACCUUUCCCGCCCUCCUCGACUUUCACCCUUCGCAAUGCGCCAUACGGAACGCUAACCUACCGACGCCCACGUUGCUAUCAGGCAUUUCAGACCUUAACUCUUCCGUCUACUCUCAUCGCUUGUGAUUUCCAGCCGAAGUGGGACAUUAGCUCUUUGCUCGACAGAGCUAAUGUAGGCUUUCCUUGGAAGUGCUCAAGGUCCUCAAGGGGCCAGACCUAACGUUCGGGCAGCUCCGAGAUCCGCUUGUCCAGCACCUACAUUGCUUAAAUACUGUGAGUUACCUCACACCACUCUUCUCUCCCCUGGAGUUUCAGCCCAAGUGAGCUUGAGCUGCUCUCUCCCUUGCGCCCCAAUAAUGGAUGAGUGUGCGAAACAAGCUCUGGCUCCUGGAAGGGAGGAGGACCGUCCGGACCAACCUGUAGAUGCUUCAUCCAGGAGGGUUGGUUUUGGAAAGAAGGCUCGGCGCAAGAGGCAGCAUCUCAAAGGCCACCAAGGCGGCAGCAACGGUCUUCAAAAUGCUAACCCAGCCAUAGCCCCUGUGGAGCCCCGUCCGGCUGCUCCGGUUACCUAUGAAACCAAACGACCAUCCCUAAGCGGACAGAACCUGGACCACGAGUGUACAGCUUUUGACCCUAACCUAAUAUCCCCGCGCAAUCGGAACAUCAGCUCUCUGCCCAAACAGGGAAAUAGCCCAGAAAUGAUGGAAUCCGGUGCAAGCCCUGCACCAACAUAUGCGGAGGUUGCAACGAUAGAUGAUAGCUCACAAAGGGAGACUGUGACGAUGGACCUGCAUUCUAUGCAUGGCCCAGACGCGACCACCGACUCUCCGGAGGCCAAACUAGAGGCCAAAGAACCUGUCAGCAACGGUGUUAAGAAGACCUACGCUGAAGCUGCGGAGUAUGGCAGCCAGGUACAGAACGGCUGGGGCCACAAAACUACGGGUGCCGAUGCGACCGACCCACGGCAACGCAGCUGUCGGAACGGCAAUAGGCCGCCUCGUGGCGAUGAUGGUCGCAAGAUACCCAACGGCGAGCCACGACACGCAAACGAUGCAACAGAGCGCCAGGCUGCAACAUCCACAGACGAUCAGGAGAGAAACCAAGACAACACCUAUGUAGUGAGAGCUGGGAUCAGGUUCGCCCCCUGGAAUGUUCCCCUCAAACGCAGAUUACAGACGCUCGCAGUCUUCCUGCAUUCUCUUAGCAUUACCAUGCUUGUUUCAUUGUUCUUCUUCCUCUGCGCCAUUCCCCUAACCUGGCCUCUUGUACUUCCCUAUUUGAUUCAUCUUCUCUCCUCGAACGUUGCGACGGACGGGAAGUUGCGGUACAGGUCGGAGCGUUUCCGGUCGCUACCCGUGUGGAAAUUAUUCGCAGGCUACUUCCCGGCGCGACUCCAUAAGACCCAGGAUCUUCCGGCAACCAGGAAAUACAUCUUUGGCUAUCACCCCCACGGCAUCAUUUCGCACGGGGCGUGGGCGGCGUUUGCCACCGAGGCGCUUGGAUUUGCGGAGAAGUUCCCCGGGAUAACCAACAGCCUGCUGACGCUGGACUCGAAUUUCCGCAUCCCCUUCUACCGCGACUACGUCCUCGCCAUGGGGCUGCGGUCCGUGUCCAAGGAGUCGAUUGGCAACAUACUGACGCGUGGGGGCCCAAACAACGAGGGGAUGGGCCGGGCGGUGACGAUCGUCAUCGGCGGGGCGCGGGAGUCGCUCGAGGCGCAGCCGGGGAGCCUCCGCCUGAUCUUGAAGCAGCGUAAGGGGUUCAUCAAGCUCGCGGUGCGGACGGGGGCAGACCUGGUGCCGGUGCUGGCGUUCGGCGAGAACGACCUCUACGACCAGGUCAGCCCCAAGGCGCACCCUUGGGUGCACACGGUGCAGAUGUUCAUCCUGCGCGUGUGGAAGUUCACCCUGCCGUUCCUGCACGGCAGGGGCAUCUUUAACUACGACGUCGGCCUGAUGCCCUACCGGCGACCGCUGAAUAUCGUCGUGGGUGCGCCCAUCAGGGUCGCACAGGCCACGGGGGGGUUCGUCGACCCGGCCGAGGUUGACCGGCUCCACGGCCUUUACGUGGAGGAGCUCCAGAAGAUAUGGGAGACGUACAAGGACGAAUUUGCGAGGGGUCGGAAGGAGGAGCUGCAGAUACUCAAGUGAAGGGGGGGCGGAAUGUUGUCGAGUGGGUAAUUUCUAUAUCUUGGCCAGCGUUCGGCCCCUUUUUUCUCUUUUGUAAAGACCCGACUUGUAUAAUCUCGGGAUUCUGGUUUUCUCGUGUGAUGCGGGAUAUGGUGGACCGGACUCAGGGUAACCGGACGGGAAAGGGGUUUUCACGUUAAACGGGGUGGCGCAUGGAAGCUUCCCGUGUCGUCACAGGCAACUGGCAGGGACUUGUUAGGGGGCCAAUCAGAGGCUUGAGAGGUGGUCCAUACUUCAAGUAACCUACGAUAUUAUCAGUAAGCGAAAGAUAGGUGUUAACCUCGAUAUCGGCAAGUGUUUGUUUGUAUUGGUAGGCCAAUGGCUACCCAGGUAGGUGACAGGGA